CCGCACCGGGCUCGCCAUGGACUACUCCUACCUCAACUCCUACGAGUCCUGCGUGGCCGCCAUGGAGGCGAGCUACGAGUUCAGCCCCUGCAGCCAGGCGGGCUCCUUCCAGUACAGCCCCAUGCGGGGGGGCUUCGGGCCUGCGCCCGCCUGCGCCCCCCUCGCCUCCGCCAGCUGCGCCCUGGGUGCCCUCCGCGACCACCAGCCCUCGCCCUACUCGGCAGUUCCCUACAAAUUCUUCUCGGACCCGUCGGGGAUCAACGAGAAGCGGAAGCAGCGGCGGAUCCGGACGACGUUCACCAGCUCGCAGCUGAAGGAGCUGGAGCGGGUCUUUGCCGAGACUCACUACCCCGACAUCUACACCCGCGAGGAGCUGGCGCUCAAGAUCGACCUCACCGAGGCACGGGUGCAGGUGUGGUUCCAGAACCGUCGAGCCAAAUUCCGCAAGCAGGAGCGCGCGGCCAACGCCAAGGGUGCCAGCGGCACCGGCAGCAGCGGGAAGAAGUCGGAGCCACGCUCCUCCUCAGAAGACGACGAAUCCAAGGAAUCCAACUGCAGCCCGACCCCAGACAGCACGGCCUCCCUGCCCGCCGCCGCCAUCGGCAGCCCCGGCGGCAGCCUGAGCCCCAGCCCCGGCGCGGGGGCGCCCCUGGGACCCGGCCAUGCCCCCCAGCCCCUCAAGGCGCCCCUCUGGGCAGGGGUGGGGGGCGGCAGCGGAGCCCCCAACACGGCCGAGCUGCUGAAGGCCUGGCAGCCCACCGAGGCUGUGCCGGGACCCUUCUCCGGCGUCCUCUCCUCCUUCCAUCGGAAACCGAACGGCAUCAAGACAAACCUCUUCUGAUCGCCGAACCACCGGAUCCGGCCGCCCCCCGAACCCCCCUCGGCCCCCACCCUGCCCCCUGCACCCACCGCCCCCAGCGCGGAGCCAGCCACGACGCUCCAGCGAACGGGGACAGGGAGCAGGGACCGGGCCCGGGCCCCUCCCGGGCCCUGCGUGAGUGGGGGCAGCUCCCAGCGACACCCGUGGGUGCUGCGGGACCACGGGGGUGCCAGGCGGGGGACACCAGCCCCGUGCUCAGCCAGCGUGGCCCUGGCAGAGCCUUCGGCUCCGGGGGCACUCCAGGGUGGGGGCAGAUGCGGGGCUCCCCACAGCGCUGCGGGUGCUCCAGGAGAGCCCCCCUCGAUGGUCGGUGCCGCUGCGCUGGGGGCGAGGAAGCACUUUAUGGGGGGCUCUGGGCUCACCGGGGUGGGCAGCGCCGGGCACUCCGCUAGGGAGGCGCCCCUUGGUGCGGGGAGGAGCUGAUUUCACCCAGAUCCCGCCGGCCGGCAUGGAUAACCCCCCCAGCAGGGAAGCAGACACCCAGCCCCAUUCCCGAGGGCUGCGGGCAGUAAAUGCGGGGCUGGGAAGUUCAGCGCUCGCUGCAUCGCUGCAGGCGCUG